UGAGCGUCCUGUGGUGCUCGGCACACUGUGGGUUCCUAGCCGAGUUACGGAGGGGCAACUGCCCUGGCUGGUAGUGAAUAUCGCAGCGCAGGGGAGCCGGAGCCUUGGGCAGUGCUGUAGGAGAACAACUGCUGAAAUUGUGGAAGAUGCCAAUGCCUCGGAACUCCAGACCUUCCCGUGGCAAGGGAUCCCGAUUCACCAAAAUUCAGCCCAUGGAGAAUACUAGAAGUGAUGCAGUUAGAGCCAUGGAAAGCCAAGAAGGGAACAAGGAGGAAAAUAGCCAGGCAAAGAAAUCACCAUCUUCACCACAGGGAGUAGCCAAAAAGCGACCAGCUUUUGGAGAUCUCACCAAUGCUCACCAGAAUCAUCCUAAACAGUCCAAGAAGGUGGCAGUCAAGGGUACUGCUAAGAAGGUACUUAGGAGUGCAGUGGCUCAUGAUUUCUGCAAAAACUCAAAAAAGUAUGGUCUCAAAUCCCUUCCAGAGGAAGCCUCUGUCAGCUCUGAACCCAUUGUCAAAGAAGAGGCCAUCCUUGUUGAGGAGGAAGAACCCAGUGUUGAGGGGCCCUCAGCUGCAGAAGAACCAGGACCAAGCAAGCAGAUGCCUACGAACGAAACUAGAAAAGCUGAAGACGACCCAUACGCCAACACAGAAUAUGCCAAGGAAAUCUUCACGUACAUGAGAGAGAGAGAGGAGUUCUUCCCAAUCUCAAACUACAUGGUCAAGCAGCAUGACAUCAGCAAGGAGAUGCGAGCCAUUUUGGUGGAUUGGAUGGUGGAGGUACAGGAGAACUUUGAGCUGACCCAUGAGACCCUCUACUUGGCAGUGAAGUUGGUGGAUCACUAUUUGAUGCAAAUGGUAUGCUUGAGAGACAAAUUACAACUAAUUGGAUCCACUGCUAUCCUGAUUGCAUCAAAAUUUGAGGAACGCUGCCCACCCUGCAUAGAUGAUUUCCUAUAUAUUUGUGAUGAUGCUUAUCAGCGAGAGGAGAUUCUCUGCAUGGAAAUAAAUAUCCUCCACACACUCAAGUUUGAUAUUAAUAUUCCUAUUGCUUAUCGUUUCCUGCGCAGAUUUGCCAAGUGUGCUCAUGUCGACAUGGAGGUCCUGACUUUGGCCAGGUUCAUCUGUGAGUUGACUCUGCAGGAAUAUGACUUUGUCCAGGAGAGGGCCUCAAGGUUGGCUGCUAGCUCUUUCUUCUUGGCCCUCAAGAUGAAGAAUCUUGGAAACUGGACUCCUUCAUUAGAAAGUUACAGUGGAUACCGGAGCACAGAUCUCUUCUCCUUGGUCAAGAGACUCAAUUUCCUGUUGACUUACCAGCCCCAAGAUAAACUCAAGGCCGUGCGGACCAAAUACUCUCACAAAAUAUUCUUUGAAGUUGCUAAAACUCCUACUUUGGAUAUGCUGGAGCUGGAGGAGAUUCUGAAGAACUCUGUCUGAAAAACAAAGCAAGGACUCAUGGGGAGGCCAAGUCUAGCCUUGUAAAUAGAUUGUAAAUAUUUUGUCCUAUCUUUGCCUUCUUGUCAGUGUAUCUGUCCCUUUCUUUCUGUUCAAACUCAUGUUAUUUUAAGGAAAACAAAAAACCCCAAAACCUUUGAAGAAGAAAUAGUUCCGAUGUUUUGAUUAGAAACUAAAUAAAAUUUUAUCAAGUGUCUUCCCUCUUAUUCUCCAGGGGAGAAAAUGACAGCCUCCUACCCUCCCUUGGAGGGAAUAUGCCAAGGGCUGCUGGCAUAAGGCAGUAAUUCCUUCCCUGCUGGUAGUUGUCCCCACAGCCUGUCCUUUUCUAGUUUCUCCUUUUCUACCUCAAGCUCUCUUCUAAAAUUCUCUAGUCACUGUUCAAGGAGAGAAGUAUUGUUACUUGGAUAUCAAGUUCAAGGGUGCCUUCUAGCCCUUACCUGAGAGAGCUUCCCAUGCCCAAUAAAUGGGCUUAAGAGUUGGAGCAGCCAGCAGUGCGCAUGAUACCCUGUGCUUUACCUGGUGCUUUUCUGUGUUCUGCAGAACAAUCUUUAGCUCCUUAUUUUAUAUAUUCUAUAAGCAACUAUUCUCCUUUUUUUUUUUUUUCUAUAGUUUUGCUUUUAGUAGCUAGAAGGAAUUCCUAGAGUUGGUAGUUCAGGAAACUGAGUAAAGAGCAGGUUGGGGAGGGCAGCGCAAAACAUCCUUUCUCAGUCUGCCUAUGAAUUGGCAAUGUGUUUGUUUUUUCUGUUCCCUUUUAUUUGUUUGUAUGUGAUGUCACUAAUGCAUUGGUCAGAGGUGUUUGUGGAGGCCUUUAAAUUGUGGCAAGUGUUGAUUAACACUUUGAACUGAUCUGUGUCUUCUGCUGAUAUCUAGCUUUAAUGGCUAGAAAAGAAAAUCUGUGCCACGGCCAUCCCUCUGUAUCCAUAGCGGGCAGGGAUUAGAGAUGAAAAUUCAAAUUGUGCCACUGCCUCAAAAUCCCAGUGGUGUUGGCAGGGCGAGACAGGUCAUUCUCCCAUUCUCGAAGAUGAGAAAACUUGGGAAAGAGUAGCUUCAAAGUAAUGGAGAUUCUGUGCUAAUUUGGCCGAUUUCCUUUGUCUUUUUCUACCUCUCUCUGCUAGAGGUGCUAAUGUACCAUGAGUGGCUAAAGAAUUAGGCUGGGCUUGAGGCCAGAGGCUUGGAAAUGACAGCAGUAAAGCCAUGAUUCAUCAAAAGAGGAAGUUAGUUUGGUACUGUUUCAUUGGUGGUCCUAUAUUAACCUCGUGGCUGAUAGGAGGCGUGCAUUUAUGUACAAUUGAAGCAUCUGCUUCCCAGGCCCUACUCUGUUCUUUGGCUUCCAAAGCCACAAUGGAGGGUAUUGAGAGAAGCUGUGUUAGAAAAGAGGGGUGUGGAUGUUUCUGUAGUUGUCCACCAAAGCAUCCCUGUGCCCUUCUUCCCCCUUCCAUAUUAAAAGGACUGGGGCUGUUGCCUCUCAACCAGCUUCUACCUACUUUGCUGCAAGCCAGUAUAGAUCUUGCCUCUGUGUGCUCCCCUUCACCAAGCCCUUUAAUUGCCCUAGGAAUGAGGAAGAUAGACACCUGUACUAUGGCUUUUUUUUUUUUUUUUUGUAGCCCCCUUCCAUCUAGGUUCUGUGCACUGGCCUUUUAUUGUCACUAUUUAUGUUUUAUUAUAUGUUUUGGCUUAAAAAUUUAUUUGAAAUUUAAUAAAGAAGUUUGAAGAACA